AUGUGGGCUCACAUAUCGAUCUCGAUCGUAGUUCUGCUGAUGUCGUUGCUCUAUCAUUAUCACUUCAGCGAACCAGCCAGCGUUAUCGUUUAUCCCGAAACGCAUUACGAUUACAUUGUCGUCGGUGCUGGUACGUCUGGUUGCGUGAUUGCAUCACGGCUCUCAGAAAUGUCGAACGUGACCGUUUUGCUUGUGGAAGCAGGCGGAUACUUCGGAUGGUUAUCAACUAUGCCGCUCUUAGCGCCGAUGAUGCAAGGCACUGAGGUCGAUUGGGCCUACCAAACGGAGCCGCAAGUCUUCUCGUCCCGAGGGCUCUACGGCUAUAGACAAAACUUUCCAAGGGGAAAAGGACUUGGAGGUAGCGGGCAGCUUAAUUAUCUCGUUCACUCCUUCGGAAGGCCUGAGGACUACAAGAGAUGGCCGAAGGGUUGGUCGCACGCCGACCUGCUCCCUUACUUUCAAAAAGUGUCCGAUAUUAUGAACAUUAUCCCGAUGCCGGAGGAAGAGUAUUUAACGAAGGCCUUCGUCCUGGCCGAGGAAUCGUUAAAGCUGGAUAAUAUAUCCUUGCGGAAAGCGAUGUACACCGCAAAAAAAGGAUCCAGAUGGAGUACUUAUCACGCGUAUUUGCGGAAGGCUUGGAAUCGCAAGAAUUUACAUAUCCUGAUGAAUACACUUGUUGCCAAGAUAUUUUUCAAGAAUGACAAAAUCAAUGACGUUAAAGUGAUAUAUAAAAAUGGCUCCGUUGGGAGAAUCGGCGUGAGAAAGGAGGUAAUUCUUUGCGCGGGCACUAUCAAUACUCCGCAGUUACUUUUGAUUUCUGGCAUAGGACCUGUCAAUGAAUUGAAAAAGCAUAAGAUAUCCGUGGUACAAGAUCUUCCAGAGGUAGGUCGAAAUUUAUUCGAUCACCUGAACGUGCCCGUUUACGUGAAUCUACGCGAACGAGUCAGUAUCACACUUGUGAAGCUGCAAACUAUACCUGAAGUGUUCAAUUAUUUCGCCUUCGGAACCGGAUGGUUGGCCACUAACGGCGUAAUGGGAUUGGGGCGUGCUAAUAACAGUGGCCUCCUCCUCUUCGGAGUGGCGUCCACAGAGGAAAAAUUGCUGAAGGCCAUCUCAAAUUUCGAGACUGAGGUGAAUGAACCGCCCACAACAACAUUUAGAUCGCUAUUUCCGUCGUAUAACGACAGUAUGCACGAGGGAUUUAUUUAUCUAGUUACGUGUUUGCAACCGAAAAGUCGUGGAAGCAUAACGUUGAGAUCAAGCGAUAUCCACGACCCUCCAAGAAUUAAUCCUGCGUAUCUUCAGGAUCCCGAAGAUGUCAUGUGUACUCAUCGAGCUAUAAACCUCGCCCUCGAGACUCUCAACACGAGACUGUUUCGCGAGUACGGCGCGAAAGUCCACGUCCCCGAUUUUGAAGAGUGUCGUCAUUUGCGACAGAACUAUCAGGAUGUCUAUUAUUCGGAAUGCGUUAUGAGAAUCGCAGGACUCACGAGCCACCAUCCUUGUGGCACUUGCAAGAUAAGUGCGGAGGACGAUGCGGUUGUAGAUGAGGAAUUAAGGGUAAAAGGCGUGAGUGGAUUGAGGAUAAUGGACGCCAGCGUAAUGCCAUCCCCAAUUUCCGGCACGCCAAAUUCAGUUCUCGUUGCGAUGGCCGAACGUGCGUCUGAUAUAAUUUUAGAUCGCUUGUCUAAAUAA